GGGCUCGGCAGGAGGGCGGGGCGGACCUCUGUGACGUCAGGACCACGCCCCUCUGGGAGGGUGCUGCGCCUGCGCCAGAACGGCUGCUUCGCUCCCGGAAGUGGAGGGUUGGCACGGAGAGCGCCGCUGGGUCUGGGUGCCCGGAGGCCGAAGCACUCGCGGAGCUCGUCGGUCAGUCCCCGACCGCCAUGUCGUCCUUCGAUACCAAUCCCUUCGCAGACCCAGUGGACGUAAACCCCUUCCAGGAUCCCUCCGUGACCCAGCUGACCAAUGCCCCGCAAGGUGGCCUGGCUGAAUUCAACCCCUUCUCCGAGACAAAUGCAGCGACAACAGUUCCUGUCACACAGCUCCCUGGGCCCUCGCAGCCGGCGGUUCUCCAGCCCUCAGUGGAACCAACCCAGCCAACCCCCCAGCUCCUGCGUAGACAGGCCAGCAGGUUCCUGCCUACCAGAUUCCUGGCAGUGAGCGAGCUCUCAGAGAGGCAGAUGCUACUAGGAGGAGAUAGUAUUCUCAGAGACAGCUACAUGCAAAAGCUUCCGAAGGCCGUGGCCUCCGCAGCCCAGGCGAGUCUGCUCCGGCAGCAGGAAGAACUGGACAGGAAAGCAGCCGAGCUGGAGCGCAAGGAGCGGGAGCUACAGAACACUGUGGCCAACUUACAUGUGAGAGAGAACAACUGGCCGCCCCUGCCCUUCUGGUGCCCUGUCAAGCCCUGCUUCUAUCAGGAUUUCUCGGUAGAAAUCCCUGCUGACUACCAGCGGAUAUGCAAGAUGCUCUACUAUCUCUGGAUGUUGCACUCGGUGACUCUGUUUCUGAACCUGCUUGCCUGCCUGGCCUGGUUCUUAGUUGACAGCACCAACGGAGUGAACUUUGGCCUUUCGAUCCUGUGGUUUAUCAUCUUCACCCCCUGUGCCUUCCUGUGUUGGUACCGACCCAUCUAUAAAGCCUUCAGGUCUGACAACUCUUUCAGCUUCUUUGUAUUCUUCUUCGUAUUUUUUUGUCAAAUAGGGAUCUACAUCAUCCAACUGGUUGGCAUCCCUGGCCUGGGGGACAGUGGUUGGAUCGCAGCCCUGUCUACACUGAAGAAAGACCACUUGGCUGUGUCAAUCAUCAUGAUGGUGGUGGCUGGCUUCUUCACCCUAUGUGCCGUGCUCUCACUCUUCCUUCUGAAGCGGGUGCACUCCCUAUACCGCCGGACGGGGGCCAGUUUCCAGCAGGCCCAGGAGGAGUUUUCCCAGGGCAUCUUCAGCAACAGGACCUUCCGCAGCGCUGCCUCAAAUGCUGCCCGAGGAGCCUUCCAGGGGAACUAGUCCCCCUG